AUUUCUGUUAUUAUUGAAGAAUGCACGUGUUGAAGAAUGACAGAUAGAAAGGGGAUUACUGAUUACAAUGUUGGAGUAUAGAAAAUUAUCGUAGAAAUGGACUGUGCAAAGAAUGAGUAGGCUAUCCCGUCUAACUUAAUCAUAUUACAGCAGAUGGAAGCUAACAUAUAUCAUUAAGAUUAAGAGACUAAAAAAAUAAGAAAAGCCAAAAGUCCAUUUUUAAGUCUAAUUAAUAUUGAUCAAGAUCUGUAGCCUGUGGAAUUCAUGUAUUAUCACCAUGUUAUAUACAGGUGUGAAACAUUUAACUAAAGCUGAUCUGUUACCACGCUUAUUACGAUAUUACUCCACAAAAAGAAGUGGCAAGAAAGUACCACCAGGAGGCCAUUAUAGAUCUCCUUGGAAGAUUCUAAAGGAUGAAUUUACAAACUUAGAUGGUCCCUUGCCAACAGAAUUAAUACCAAGAGAAGUGGAUGCUUUAGUCAUAGGGGGAGGUCUUGUGGGCUCAUCUGUGGCCUUUUGGUUGAAACAUCUUCAUCCUAAAGCUUUUUCAGUGGCAUUAGUAGAAAGAGAUCUAACAUAUAGCAGAGCAUCAAGUAUGUUAUCAGCUGGAGGAGUUAGACAUCAAUUUUCUGUUCCUGAAAAUGUGCAACUUUCCUUAUUUGCCACUGAUUUUUUACGUAAUAUCAAGCAAUACCUUAGUGUUCUGGAUGAAGAAGAUCCCCCAGAUGUAAAAUUCAAUCACCAUGGUUACCUAUUUCUUACUCCAGAAGAUAAAGCAGAAGAACUUGCUGCUCAUGUAAAAAUGCAGAAUGAAUUAGGAGCUCGAAUCAAAUUCUUAACAAAAGAUAAAUUAGCACAGCAAUUUCCAUGGUUAAAUUUACAAGAUGUUGAAGUUGGUUCGUAUGGUCUCCAAGGAGAAGGCUGGUUUGAUCCAUGGCUCUUGAUCAAAAGUUUCUUUCAGAAGAAUAUCAGUUAUGGUGUCAAUUAUAUUCAUGGUGAAUUAGAUCGCUUUAACUUUAAAUCACAUGCUGUUAGUUCAGGAACUGGUUAUAUAGACAAAAAAUUUUUGGACAGUGCUGUGGUAAAUGGUGAAGAUGGGAAUGAAUAUGGUAUUAAAUUCUCUCAUGUAAUUAAUUGUGCGGGGCCUUGGGCAGGUGAAGUUGCUAGAAAAGCAAUAAUUGGUAUUGGCAGUGAUGUAGAUUUAGCCUUCCCUCUACCCGUAACACCAAGGAAACGUUUUGUGUAUGUUGUGAAUUGCCCAAAUGGUCCUGGUUUAGAAACCCCUGUCCUAAUAGAUCCUGCAGGUGUAUAUUUUAGAAGAGAAGGUUUAGGUGGGAACUAUAUUUGUGGAGGUACACCAUCAGAGGAACGGGAGCCAUCAACAGAAGACCUGUCAAUAGAUUAUAGUUUUUUUGAAGAAGCUGUAAAGCCCCAAUUAGAAUACAGAAUUCCAACACUUAAAAACUUAAAGUUGAAGAGUGCUUGGUCAUGUUACCAUGACUACAAUGAAUUUGAUGAGAACCUUGUGAUUGGACGACAUCCAUUUCAUAAUAAUUUUCUGUUUGCUAAUGGAUUAGGUGGACAUGCUGUACAACAUUCUAUUGGUGUAGGGAGAGCUAUAGCUGAAUUAAUCAUGGCUGAAGAUUACAAAUCUAUAGAUUUGUCAAAAUUUGGAUUUGACAGAUUCCUCAGAAAUGAUUUUAUAAGCGAGGAGAUGAGAACAUGAUAUGGGAAGAUUUUAAGAAUCUCUUGUUUUAUAAGAAUAUCAUAGUCAGGAAGAGAUUGUAUAAUUUUGGACAUAGACUUGAACUGUGGAUGUUUUUUUCAAAUAUUUUUUUUGUAUAAAAAUCUGGAUUUGUUUUACCACUAAAACAUCUCAUCUGAAGAAAGAUUGCUGUGUGAAAUACAAAAGUGUUAUCAAAUAAUAUGUUGAAAGUGUUUUAAAUAUUAUAAUAUUGGACAAAAUAUCGAAGGAAUUAUUUUAGUUGUUGAUUUUUUUUUCGCCCUCAGAAUUUAGUGACUUAGUUGAAGACGACGUGGAGAGGACGUGGAGAACUCUCGUAAAGUGAGGUGUGAGAAAGCUGGAGACUAAUUGUCGGAGGACAUCCGUACUGGGUUCUCGGCGAUACACAGGGGUUUAUAGAGAAGACGAUGUAUAAUGAGACACAACCUCCGUAACCAGUAUAAGUCAGAUGAACUCCAUUAAUGUUACCAAGAGGUUUAUUAAUCAAAUGUUUCGGACAUGAGGAGUCCUUCUUCAGUAAUAAUUGCUUAUCAUUCAUUCGUUCCUUCCUGGAGUUUUACGUCCACUUCCACCAAUGUUGAUUUCGUAGACAUGUUUGGUUAUGUGAAUCGUGUGGUAUUUAUAGUAGAAUAAUUGUGACGUCAGUGGAACGUUUAAGAAUAAUUUGGAGUGAUUUGAAGUAAUCCUGAUCCGUUCUGAAUGAUCAGGAUUAUUAGUGAUUAAUUUGGAAGAAUAUUGAUCGAAUAAAUGUAAUUUAAUUAGUAUUCUAAAUACCGUACGAUUCACGGUAAUAAUACGAUUAUGGUGAAAGAUAUUUAUAAAAAGAUAUAAAUUAGAUAGAAACAUAUAUGGAAUUACAAAUGAAAACAAUGUUUACAGUUAUAGAUAAACACAUUAAGCUUUUUUAAAACACAAUGUCGUAUUUCUCCAGUAUAGUAUUGAAACAUAGAUCAUGAUACUUCAUCGUUGUCCGAAACUGAGUAGGUGGCAAAUUCCACUUCGGUUGUUGGAUUUUCGUUGACGGUUAUGACUUCUUGGUUCUCCAAUUCGGCAUUCAUGGCGGUCAUGGAGUUAUCUGUGUUUAUGAUAAUUGCCAUUGACUGUGUUAGAGAUGCUAGGAAUCCUCUUUGGAGUGCGAGUUCCUGCCUCAAAAGGCAGAAUCCAUUCUCUCAGAUUCUCUGGGGUACAUAAUGUAGAGGCGCCGACCACAGAUCUGUUACGAGAAGGAUCCAUAAUGACUUUUUGUCCCCCGCCUUUCGAAGAAAGCAGGGGACUAUUAAAAUGGGUUCGUCCGUCUGUCUGUCCGUCCGUCUGUCUGUCCGUCCGUCUGUCUGUCCGUCACACUUUUUGGGACACAAUAACUCUCUUCCUAAUUGAGCUAGAAUGUUCAAACUUGGUGUAUGUGUUUAUUAGGUCAAUGCCUUGAUGGAGUUUGAAGAUGAGCAUUUUCCGCUUAGGGUAAGCAGAGAUAAGCAAUUUGAUUGGUUGAUGCUUUGGGACACGAUAACUCUCUUCCUAAUUGGGCUAGAAUGUUCAAACUUGGUGUAUGUGUUGAUUAGGUCAAUGCCUUGAUGGAGUUCGAAGAUGAGCAUUUUCCGCUUAGGGUAAGCAGAGAUAAGCAAUUUGAUUGGUUGAUGCUUUGGGACACGAUAACUUUUAAUUGAGCUAGAAUGUUCAAACUUGGUGUAUGUGUUUAUUAGGUCAAUGCCUUGAUGGAGUUCGAAGAUGAGCAUUUUCCGCUUAGGGUAAGCAGAGAUAAGCAAUUUGAUUGGUUGAUACUUUGGGGCACGAUAACUCUCUUCCUAAUUGAGCUAGAAUGUUCAAACUUGGUGUAUGUGUUGAUUAGGUCAAUGCCUUGAUGGAGUUCGAAGAUGAGCAUUUUCCGCUUAGGGUAAGCAGAGAUAAGCAAUUUGAUUGGUUGAUGCUUUGGGACACGAUAACUUUAGUUCUAAUUAAGUGAGAUUGAUGAAACUUGGUGUAUAGAUUUAUUAUAUGAAUACCUUAACUAAGUUCGAUAAUGAACAUUUUUUGCUGAGGGUAAGCAGAGUGAUAAGCAAUUUGAUUGGUAGAAACUUUGGAACACAAUAACUCUCCUUCUAAUUGAGGUAGAAUGUUCAAACUUGGCAUAGGUGUCUAUUAGGUGAAUGUUUAAACUUGAUGUAUAUGUAGAUGUUCAUUAGGUGAAUGUCUUGACUGAGUUCAAUAAUUAACAUUUCGAGCUGAAGCUAAGCAGAGCUAAUCGAUUUCAUUUGUCGAUGGUUUGGGACAAGAUAAUCUUGAUUCUAUCUGAUAGAGAGUGAUGAAACUUAGUGAAAAAAAUAAAUGUGCGAUUAAUUAAUAUGUGUCAUCUAUUUAUUUUGCAAUUUCGGCGGGGGACAUCAGCCUCGCUGUUGGCUUGUUUUUUUCAUUUAAUGGAUCUUCUGAGCUGAGAUAUUGUCGUGCAUUUAAGGUGAAGAUAUAAAUUCGGGCGCCAUCUGUAUCGGCGGCCGCAUUCAAAUUCAGUGACUUUGACUAUCAGUAACAUCAAAGGAACAGGUUAAAAAGCUAGUCAAAAAGUGCCAAUAAUUUACCGAAUUAAACCUCACAAAAAUACAGUACAGCAUUAAAAACCCACCUUAUUCCACUACCACUCUAUCCCACUAUGUCUGGAUUUGAUUAAAGCCAAUUUGACCUAAUCUGGUCAUUAUUUCUAGUGUAACUGGAAAUUAAGUUUUUGACAAGUCACUACAGUGGGAUGAAAAUAUUCUAACUUUGUUGCGCCAAUUCUUGAAUAUAAAGAAACGAGUCUGGUUUUGAAGCAAACACUCCAGUGGCCGGUUCGAUGUGACAUUGACUCACAAUUGAGAUUCAAGUUGCCAAAUAUACUGUUAAAGUUUUAAGGGAAUUCAUUCACUGAAUGACGAAAGUUUUGAGUUAAAAGAAUGCCAAAGACCAUGCUGAUGUUUAGAACUCCGGGUCGUAAGUAGCUUAGAACAACGAGGGGGGCGGGAAGUGUUCUCAGUGGUGCUGUAAAAUUGAGGGACAAUGUAUAUCUAUUGUCCCCCCCCCCCCUUAGUUACAGUCUAAUAGAACUACGAUUUAGAGUUGGGUAGAUUAUAAAGUUUUAGUAAGAAUCAAUUGGGUAAGAAUCAACAAACCCCAUCUUGUAUUUUUUCCAUGGCAAUGAUUAAAUGCAUUGCUUUUAGGUUUCAAUAUAACCUGUCUGCUAAUAUUAAUUUCUUUACACAGAAUAUAUAUAAUAAUAAGGUUGAAUCACUAUAUAUUGGUCCUAAUAAUCAUAAUAUAUUAGUCACAAAAAUACUGCUCAUCAGUGAAAUCUGUUCUACAUAAAACUAGUAAUAUAUUUGAUUUCUGUAACAGUGUAUAUGUAAAUUCAGAUAUGACUUGACUUUUGAUAUUUUCAUACACAUAUAUAAUUAAUGUGAAUUUUCAUGCAAAUGAGGUACACUUUAUGCAUAUUUUUAUAUGAACAUUAUAUAUUUAACAUAUAUUGUAAAUAUAGUGCAUUUUAAAACCUGUAUAAAUACGAA